GAGCUCUGCGGAAGCCGAGCCGGAGUGGGGAGCGGAGGAGGGCGUUUUCCUGGUGGCGCUGCAGACGCUGAGCGUUAAUACCAUGGAGACCGGUGAAAACUCUGUGGAUUCGAAAUCUAUCAAGAAUUUGGAAGCGAAGAUCUUCCAUGGAAGCAAGUCAAUGGACUCCAGUGUCCCCUUGGACAGUUGUUACAAAAUGGAUUAUCCCGAGAUGGGUUUAUGUAUAAUAAUUAACAACAAAAACUUCCACUCAAGCACAAAAAUGGCACCUCGGUCUGGUACGGAUGUAGAUGCAGCGGAGCUCAGAAAAACCUUCGGGACCUUGAAAUAUGAAGUCCGGAAUAAAAAUGAUCUUUCGCGUGAAGAAAUGGUGACUUUGAUGCGUGGUGUUUCUGAAGAAGAUCAUAGCAAAAGGAGCAGUCUUGUGUGUGUGCUUCUCAGCCACGGUGAUGAAGGCGUUAUUUACGGAACCGAUGGACCUGUGGACCUGAAGAAGCUGACACGUUUCUUCCGAGGGGACAAUUGUAGAAGCCUCGCGGGAAAGCCCAAACUUUUCAUUAUUCAGGCCUGCAGGGGCACAGACUUGGACUGCGGCAUCGAGACUGACAGUGCUAUCGAUGAUGAUGACAUGGCAUGUCAGAAAAUACCAGUUGAGGCAGACUUCUUAUAUGCAUACUCUACAGCGCCUGGUUACUACUCCUGGCGAAAUUCCAAAGACGGGUCCUGGUUCAUCCAGUCGCUGUGUGCCGUGCUGAAGCAGUGUGCUCACAAGCUGGAGCUCAUGCACAUCCUCACUCGGGUGAACCGCAAGGUCGCAACUGAGUUUGAGUCCUACUCCCUUGACUCCAUGUUUCAUGCAAAGAAGCAAAUUCCAUGCAUCGUGUCCAUGCUCACCAAGGACCUAUAUUUUAGUCACUGAAGGAAGAUUUAGGAGUGGGAGUGGGGUGGGGUUGUGUCCGUUUGGGGAG